UGCCGGCUUCUUCAUUUUCCUCGCCCGCCGUCCAAUAAUCUCCCGUCUUUUGACCUUCCCUUGCAAAAACCCUAAUCCUCUCUCGUCAAAACCAAUCUAAUGAAUUCUCUGCUCAUCUGUCUCUAGUCAAACCAACUUCCAACGCUAAUUAUACUCCGGGAAGCAAAGGAAGUGAAGCAGUUCACAGUUUAGGUUUUGUCAGAAAGGUAAAGAACAAUCCAUUUCAGUAUCCAAGAAGUUGCGACAUUCCUCAAUGAUCUGAUCGACACGUUUGUUAGAGCAGCGAGGUUUUGUUGCACCAAUGUCGGAUGACAUGGUGUUGCAUUUCUCAUCCAAUUCCUCGAAUCAGUCGGACCAGUCCUUGCCCGACAAGAUUGCCAAGCUGGAAGCCCGCAUGGUUGGUAAGACCUCCUCGGUUGCUGUUGCCGCGCCUGUUCAGCAGCAACAGCAGCAGCAGCAGCAGCCCGCUCGGUCCUCUGCUUCUCCGGCUCCCAAAUUUGUAGUAGCCACUGAGGAGUUGCCCGAGGCAUCUACUUCUAGUGAUUCUGAUGACGAGAAUGGAGGGGAGUUUCUUAUCCAAGCCAAAACCCAGAAGCGUCUAAAGGUUCAAGAAAAUGAUAACUCUGCUGUUUUUGAACAUGUUGAGGUAGUGGCUGAUGGAAGGCUAAAACAUACCGAGACAACAGAGAUCAAGGCAGGUGUUGAUGUAAAUAGGAAAAAGCAAGGUCGUGGCAGGGGACACUCUGCAUCUGGCAGAGGUCGGGGUUCAAAAUCCACUGAACAAAUUAGAUCACCAAUGUCGAUGUCAACAGUAUCACAACCAAAUGGUCAGUUUGAGAACUCGUACCAAAAGGUAUGCAUUUAUUAG